GUACCACGAAGCAAAGGUUGAGACGAAUGCCCACCAAGAGAACAAAGUUCCAACGCAAGCAAGUCAUCCCGCACCGAAUGGAUGAAGGACCAAGUUAACACUCGACUACUAGUGGCCACGGUUGUGGCCACCGUCACGCUUGCUGCUGGCUUCACCUUUCCCGGUGGUUAUAAUGCUUCUCCUGAUCAGUACCCCGAAACGGCGACCAUAUUACACCACAGAGUGUUUCAGCUUUUCGUAAUUUUCGACAUGUUGGCCAUGUACAGCUCCAUCCUUGCGGUCGUAGUCCUCCUCUGGGGUCACAGUAGUGAUUUCUACAUAGCAGAACAAGCUUACAUCACAGCAGGGCCAUUGUUGAUGAUGGCUCUCACCGGCAUGUCAGUGGCAUUUUUGGCUGGCGUAAGUGUAGCAGUGAGCAAACUUUCAUGGCUCGCUUUCCUCCUCCUGUGCAUCGCAGUCUUUUUCCUCGUGACGGUCGUAAUGGUUUUAGGAGCCUUGAUAUUCCCAUUCUCCAAGACUGCUAUGUGUAUUGUGUCCCUUUACUAUCUGGUUGAAGCCCUACCGGAAUAUGCAAUACGCCAUUUCAGAUACAAGAACAAGCCUGGUUUUUGGCAAUCAUUAUUUGAUGUAUCUCUUCCAAUAAACUAUAGAUGA